CCCUCAAUCACAAAUAAAAUCACGCCUCACUCAUCUUCCUCCUUCCCUCUUUCCCUCUCUUCUCCCUUUCCUCCUUGUGUGCCGCCAGCUGCUGCCUCAAGAGGCUGCCUACGGAGCCCCAGCAGCCACCACCACUUCAUCCUCCUUCUCCCUCGACCAACCACCAGCAGCCCAACCCACCUGCUGGCCGUGAGUCGCACCCACAGCCACGCAGCAGCAAUGUGCCGCCAGAAACCGGCUGCUGGGCAGCGGUGUCUCCUCUCCACCACCACACUAACCACCAUCUUCUUCACCCUCUUAUCUUGUUCACCCAUUUAUACAAGUCAGUAUAUCACUUUGGAUUAGGAUACCCAUAUUGUUUGAUCGAGUCAGAUCAACUGAUCCACCAUUUGGUUUGGAGCAGAGACAAAAUCAGCAUGCACUUUAAUUAAUACAAACUAACAAAGACAGAAAAUGGUUGCCAAAUUCACCCAACUUUCUGGAUUUAUUUUAAUGGUGAUGCUUCUUCAUCAACAUUGCAUUUAUGGUUGCUAUUCAGUUUCUAGUCAGGAAAGUCUUAAUGAUUACAGCGAUAGAACUCACAAGAACAAAGACAGUUCCAUGCCUUGUUUUGCAAGAUAUGCUCUAGAGUCGUUUUUCAGGGAGUAUGAUAGCUUCACCAAUUCAAACGUUUUUGAGCACAUGAGUAAAAAUGCUGUUGGCUCAAAGACAAAACUUGCCAGGCUAUUGGAUAUCGAGCGCCAUCUAAUUGGCGAGGGUUCACAUCGCCAUCUAUCUUCAAUUGUUAGAUUUAGCAUUCAGGCAAAUUUGAUUGCUGACGUGGCCUCACAGAUAUGUGACUUCAUAAUAAUUGAAAGGCUACCAUUUGGGGUUUUUGCGGAUCCUUUUGAACUUCAACAUCUUCUUCGUCGUGGAGUUUUCAAGGAUGCUGCUGUUUUCGGUGAUACAAAUCUGGAGUUGCCAUCUUUUCUUUCCAACCAGUCAACAGUUGAAGUUCACUUAGAUGCAGCGCUGGAUCAUUCAGCAGGGCAGGAGAUAUUACUAGAGUACAAGAUUGAAAUACCUUUGCAUGCACGAUAUCCGCCUGUAGAAGAAAGUGGAUAUGCAAAAGUCAGAUUUGGUGCUCCUGAUUUGUUUAUCUACUGUAAGAUGGACGGACAAUCUCCUGGUGAGGGAUGUUUAUUUUCAUCCAUUAGCGGCACGGAUGCGGGAGAAGUUGAUGAUAUUGUGUGGAGCAUACCAGCAGGUAUCAAAGCCCACGCAAGAAUGGUGUCUAUCAUCACUUUUUCAUCAGCACUUCUAUCAGCAGCUUUAAUCAUCGUAGCUUCUUUACGAUCAUCACCAGUGGGCAAUGGUUUUAUGAUGGAAGAUUGAAGCUAAUCUUGAUUACUUUUCAGAUCAGACUGUCUUAUGCCUCAUUAGAAGAUGCGAACAAAGAACUAUGUAAAUUUAAAACGGAAGAUCCAACAUAAUUUGCUCUUUUAGGCUUUGUGAGCAUCUUUUCCUUACAAUUAUUUAAUUUUUUUUAAUGAAUAACAACUUCUACAAAUAAAAAACAAAGGAAUAACUUUCCUUCAUUUUGACAAGAAACAAAA